AUGCCCUUUUCGCAUCCAAAACCGUUCGCUAUGGUGGAUGAUCAAAGGGUGGGCCCCGAACCGAAUGAGCAUGUGGUACGCCGAAGGUCUUCUUCGGUCAAACACGCUCUCACUAGUAUGAUCCGAAGUGGUUCCACUAAUAUGGCCCGAAGUGGUUCCACCAAUAUGACCUCUGCAAACAGCCACCCACGUUCGAACUCACACAUUGGUAUAGCCCCGGGGGCUAGUCUUGCUGCUCUACAUAGCUCCCUGAUGUUUCAUGGAGGAUCGCCACGUCUGUCACAUGGCUGUGACGAUUAUGGAGUUGCCCCCAACGAGUUGGCUUUGGCAGAAAAUGCUUCCAGGCCAGUAUUCAGUGAGGACGAAUAUGAAGAGGCCGAUACCGAGUCGGGGGAGAACUUUUCGGAGUCAGAUGAGCUGCAUAGCGAUUUCAGUUUUCAUACGUCAAAACUGCCGGCAAAUCUCGUUAGUGGUCGAAAAUAUCUGUUAGAAUACCUUGGAGAAAGAGGAUUUCUCCACCCGAAGGUUUUGUCGUUCAAUAAAGAUAUGAAUAUUUCUCUCGCGACAUCUUCGGAAGUUGUUUUUCUGCCCACAAUAUCUUCCCAGGACGACGAAUACUUGAGUCAUUUGGCGAUGCUUAAUGGUACCGAAACGUCACUGGAUCGUCCUGAUCCCUCUAACCAUGAUGAAAACUCCUCAAUGGUCCCCAAUGGUCAACAGUCAGAUUCCAGAAACAGUGGUGUUGCGGAUACGCGUGAAAGUACUCCUAUUGACGCAGACGGCAAGAAUGUUCUUUUCAAUUUAGCCGUCAUCGUUUCAUUCAAAAGCCCAACAACUGUGACGAAACUCAAAGCGGAGCUAUAUUCGAAAGUUCGCGUAUACUGGCAGCACGGCGUACCACCACAAAAAACAACCAACGAAGAGUAUUAUACGUUAGGCGAAUUACAAUGGGAUCUCACAGAAAGUAAUUACAAUCUUUACGUCCCGCGUAACCUGUCUACCAAGAACAAGAUCGUCGAACAGUCCGAGACCUCCAUAAAAUCAGCUCUUUUCAAGAACAAGGCAGACUUAGCAACUCAGGGCUACACGAACAGAAAGGACUCUAAUGCUUUACUCUCUGCAAGCCUUGAUACCUCAGGCAGGGAGCAGACUUUUCAAUCGGGUGAAUAUGUGUUUUUAUUACCAGUGUUUUUCUCUUGCACUAUCCCAGAGACGCUAUAUUUGCCGUCAGGACGAGUGAGCUAUCAGUUUCGUUGUGCUACAAAGCUGUCGUCGACUGGGCCGACACAUGGAGAUGCAAGGAGUGACACUUCUUCAGCCCAUUCUGCUGGCUCCCACGUUUCCGAAGAGCAGCCCGCGGAACCUUCAAGCCACACCAAAUUCUCCAGCAACAAACUGUUAAGGAAGGUGCGAGAUCAAUUUCAAAGCGCAACAACUGAUAAAAACCAGGUCCAAAAAAAUCUCAUAAGGGCAGAACAAACGAUUCAAGUUGUACGCAUUCCUCCAAAAAUUUCCGAUUUCACCGCAGAUAAGCCUGUCUAUAUUAACAGAGUUUGGAAUGAUGCGCUGUCGUACGAGGUCUCAUUACUCAAGAAGUACGUGCCGGCUGGCAGUCAAGUACCAAUCAAGAUAAAGCUUUCCCCAAUCAGUAAGGAUAUUUCGGUGAAGAGGAUAAGAGUAAGCGUUAUUGAAAAAAUCACAUAUGUGUCAAAAAAUUUGGAGUAUGAAUUCGAACAGACUGAAGCCAUAGCAAAUGAUCCCUAUAACCCGUAUUACUCAGAAUUUGUUUGCAGAAGAAAGCAAGAACGGAUUUUGCCGCUAUGGGAGAUCAGAUCGAAAGAAAAGGGUGGCAGAGCCAUAAAAGAAGAUGUUAUAGACAACUGCAGGUCAGAAAAUCUUUUAUCCUUCUCUAGUAUACCGUCAGAUACCAAAACUGGCGGAUCUUCUCACGAUUUGGUGGACCCUUUAGUCAUUGAGUCAAAAAUAAGCUUCCCAAAAUUUUCGAUGCUCGAUAAAAAAACCUCGAAGGCCGUACCGCCGUAUGGUAUCGAUGAAUUCACAAGUGGUUCCCAGUCGCAUACUGCAUCAAGCGGCCCGCUGCCUCGAAGAAAUAGUGCAGCGUCUGGCGUAAUCGGAUUUUUUGCCGGUCGCCGUGCCAACGCACCAUUCGCUUCGCGUCGUGCAUCUACUCCCAGCCCUUUCGAAAGUGACAAAUCUAGAACGUCCUUCAAGUCUGCGUCGAACUUCAAGGUCAACGCUCAUAGUCGCGUUAAUGAACCCAAGCGUGGUCUUUAUUUGGAUUGCGUCAGUUUCAAGAAUAUACAUGUGAAGCAUAAACUCGAGAUCAUGCUACGUAUCAGCAGGAAAGCUGAUGAAAAGUCCAACGCUGUGAAGCACUAUGAAGUGCUGAUUGAUACACCGAUAUAUAUCGUUUCCGAUCUAUGCGGUACUUCCAACAUCGAGCUACCCACAUACGACGUUGCAACCAGGUCGCAAUUCCCCGAAACUGUUCCUCCUCCAUCAUUUGAGGAGGCUAUUUCUGUUCCUGGGUCUCCAAUGGCCUCUCCAUUUGUGUCCCCCGUUGGCACUCCAAACUUUGUCGGAUCCUACGAGCCCGACGACUUGUCUAUCCACCAAUUGUCGCUUUCAAGGGCAACCACACACAACCACACAUCGGAAUCGCCAAUGCUCAACACUCCCCAUAUGGAAAGGCGUUAUAGCAACAUCGAUUGUCUUAUAAAUGCGAAUCCUGGUGGACCGGAAACGAACUUGUUUAAGGAAGGGUUCGCCUUCAAGCAUCCCAUGAAUGGCCCAGGUUCUGUACGUGGUUCACAGAGUGAUGAUGACGAUCCUCCAGGCUACGAGACAUAG